AAUUCUCGAUUUGUUCCAACUCACCUAGCAUUAAAACACAAUGCAAGAGGGUUCCUUUGGUAAUUACACCCCCGAGCUCCACAGUGUUACAUUGCGUGCCUUACCUUGCCCAGAGCACCGCAGGAGACAGGGGUAACCACGGCUAUCUGACAUCAAACACACCCGCCUGUCAGGUGUCAUGUCAUUCAUUGGGCGUAAUCGUGCGUGAACUGCCAAUCAGGGCCGUUGAUAUGCUGUGCUCACUCUUCAUUGGUCAGCAGUACGUGUAACUGGUCAUUUACCCUAAUAACAUGACGUUCAUGUUUCUAAGGGGGGACGUGGGGGUACUAGGAUUUGGACCAACAACUUAAAGUACGUCAUCUUGGUACAGGCAAGGAGUUUUAACCUCCUUGGUACAGGUGAGUUGUUAGGUUAGAAAUAUAUAUUUGUUUGUCUACCAACGGUUUCAGCACGCGGUCUGUUUGGUGUCUGUUACCGCUUAAGUAGAUAAGUAUUAGUGGAAUAAUCGCGUUCGACACCGGCUUACCCUAGUCACCCCUAUACAGGAUCAUCUCCUUCUUCUCCAAGGUAAGCACGAGUGGAGAACAUGCAGGACAGCGACUCGCGGAACGGCGGGGCAGGGGCGAGGGGCGGCCGGCAGGGUAGGGUGUUCAAAGACUACAAGAGGAUCAAGCUGUCUCCGAAAGUGUGGCAGGACUGGCGGGCCAGGCAAGAGCAGCUGGGCUUCACCACGGCCAACGAGCUGGCCAAAUAUCUCCUGUCUCUCAGUACCGAUCAUCGUACCAGGAGUACAGGCGGCGCUGGUAACACAGCUGGCAACACGGUGCCAUCCGAGCCAACAACAAGCUGGCUCGGACAGUUGUCGACAGCGCAAGGCAGGACUCCAGUUUUGACCGGCGGACCAAACAGUGACCUGUCCCCUACCUGACCGUGCCGUCUGGCCGGAGGACGACCUCAAGAAUCAUUUGUCAUCUUACCAUAGUGAUGUAACAGAUAUAAAAAUGGUUGCACAAUGUAACGUACGAUAUGUAGUCACAAGGGGUGUCCAAAACAUGUGAAAUAUGUUUGCUCCUUCAUUAUGAAAUCUUCAAGACCUAAUUUACUGUUGUCAUUUUACUUUAUUUUGUGUGCUAUCAUACAUCUAUGACAUUAUGUGCUAUAUCUUUGUCUAUAAACAUUGAACUCCUGGAUGCGAGGGACCUUCGUUUUAUGAAAAUGUAGCAUUGUUGUUGUACAAUCCAUGGACGAUCACAUAGGUGCACUAAAGAAGUCACUGUCUUGUUGUCAUGACAUUUUGUCUUUUACCUAUCUCGGGAAUAAAUAUGUAUUUACUUAUUUAUUCAUUAGUACUGCAUGUCUCUUGUUUUACUAUCUACUAGUAUUUGGAGGGCCACUGUGUUAUGUUCUUGUAGUUGUUGUUUUAUUCUGAGGUACGUGAAAAAAAUCACAGUCGAGAAAUGAUGUAUCGCCUGGUUUAACAAUAAAAUGAAAUUGACAUUGAAA